AUGGGUGAGCAGCGGAGGAGCUCGGCACAGGCACCGUCCCUGCACAGCGGGGGCGACGUCACCAUACCGGACACGCCAUUUCGGCCCGAAAUUUACAUCCGCCGCGCGGAUAUUAGCGCGUCGAUCCACGCGUACGAAAAACUAUUGAAUGCGUCGAAAGCGUACACGUCGACGAUGUUGGCCAUGUCAAAAGCAUCGUCUGAUCUUGCGGACGCAAUUCAAGACUGCUCACACGUGAAGGGUGUAUAUACAUGCAAUUCGACGUUUCAAGUUGCGUGUGGCCUGCAAUUUCUCAAGUCGAACUACGAGCAGGUCCUGUGCGACACGUUUUACAAGGAGGUUAGCAUUCCCCUGCUGAGCCAACUGGACGACUACAAAGCCACUGUACAUGAGCGGCAGAUGCUACACGAAACUGCUGUGAUGGAUAAAACGCGGCUCGUGAAAGAAAUCGAGGCGAAGCACCAACAGGAAGGCAAUCGCAGCAAACGCGACCUAUCUUCCUACCGUUCGAUGCUUGCGGAGCUGCAAGAAACACUGAAUGAAGUGGAAUUGAUCAAGGCACAGCACUAUAGCGAUGUACUCGAGUACGAGCAACAGACGUGGGAGUAUGUCGCAUCGAAGAUUGCGCUUCUGACGCGCGCACAGGUCGAUAUUGCUGAUCGAAUCGCGUCUAAAGCAAGCACGGACCCAGUGCUGGAGUCGAUUACUGCAGCCGUACCGGACCCAUUUAGCCUAUACGGACCGCCGCGGCGUGAGGACCAGCUGUUUACCAUUCUGCAACCGUCCAGCUUUGCAAAUAGCGGCCUGCGUGUCGCGGCCGAUGAUCCUACAAGUCCAGCGCGCGUGCCGCGCAGGUCGCUUCUGGAGACGAGUCGACGUGCGCAGGAAAGUGGAAGCUCCGGGAUGGCGACGCCGACGCUGAGUGCGACAGAUGCAGAUGCGGAUGCAGAUGCGGUUCCCGUGCAUGAAUCUUUGUUUGGAUCGCUGUCUAGCUCUGCAGAGAUGCCCGAGCAGCAGUCUGACGAACGGAUUCUAGGCGCAAUUCCUUUUGGGCGGUCGUACAGUGCUUUGUUUGGCCUGCGUGCGAAGAAAGAUAAGAAUAGUAGCAGAGAUGCGAACUAUGAAGAUGUGGACCAAGACGGAGAGGCAAACCAUGACAACACAACGAUUGACGCGAACAAUCAGAGCCGUGAUGGCGGCAAUUGCGACGACACCCACAAUUCGGACAAGGCCGCUACCCACUCAUUCACCAAACUCUCCAUCGAUCUAGAUGCUGCAUUACCAGCCUAA